UUCUUCAGCCAGAUACAUUACUGAGGCACAGUGGCAAGUCAUGUCACUGGUCGUGUGUGCUGCUUCCUUUCCUAGACACAAGUGCAUUGGAAAGACGUGGAUGAACUGAUCAGCUUUUGAAGCAUUUCUGCUCCCAGAAUUCACCAGAGUUACCUAAAGGUGAACUCCAGAGAUGGCUAGUGAGAAGGGAUGUGCGGAAAUCCCCGUGGUUAUGUAUGAAGCACGCCAAGAACCCUCUGCACCUGAGUACUGCAGCCAAGGGGGGGGCUAUGAAUAUCCUGCUCCCCCACCUUACUCCUACCGAGAAACAGCCACUGUCGAGCAGCCCGUCUACCUGGUGUCUCAGCCUCCAAUCAUCGUAGCAGGAAUCUUCUCAAGCAGACCAACGUCCACAAUAUGUCCUUCCUGCCGCCAGCACAUCACCACACAGGUCACCUACAGGUUGGGCAAACUGUCCUACCUCCUCUGCACCAGCCUGUGCAUGGUUGGGUGCUGCUUUGGAUGUUGCUUUGUACCUUUCUUUGUGAGGAUCUUCAAGGACGCAGACCAUUACUGCCCAUACUGCCAAUUUCAUAUUUACAGAUACAAAAGACUAUAGGGACAGUUAGCACAACCAGGUGAUGUCAAGUCUGUUUCCUAAUGGCGUAAGAUUCCAUGUGUAGAACUACUGACAGGAAACACCGGGGCAGCCUUUGGUUCUGCAGCUCCCUCACUGGCUCAUCCAUCUGGAGUUUGCCAUCACAGUGCUGGACCGACUUGAAAAAGCCCUAAUGUACUUUUAAAAUGCCCUAACGUUAAUGCUCGAUUCAGACAGAUCACUUGAGUUAAUGAGCGACCAGCUAGCGAGAACUUCAGCACUUCUACUGCUCCCAAACCCCAGCCCAGGUGGACACCGGCUCCUGCACAGCAGCCCACCGCAGGACCGGGCUCACACCUGGGCACACACCUGCUUGAGAAGCACCGCCUUCUCUGCACGGAACCCAGUCAGGUUUUUGCUUCUCUCUGCUCUCCCUAGAACCUGGCCUACCCCUGCAGGGCUGUGGGUGGUACAGGGCAAGCUGAUUAUUUAUUGAUGAAACACUAAGUUAUGAAACCCUCGUUACUGCGUUACAUAUGAGAUAAUAAACCUGUUCUCGUUAACAAUUCUGACACAA